AUGGAGGAACCUGAUAUUGAGGCAACUCUCCAUGAUGUCCACCGCAUAGCCGAAAAUCCUUCAUCCUCACCAGAGUCAUGGGACCAGCGGGCCAGCAUUGCAAGGCUGGCCAUUGCAAGACUGGAAAGAACGGGGUUUAUGCAGUCGCGCAAUCCCUCUCAAGACCGCAGAGCGAUAGUCACUUCGCUACAAAGGCUAGCUUACCAGGAUGCGGACAGUGGUGGCAUCACCGACGUUGCAGAGUGGUGCACAAGUCAAUGGCUUGCUAUGCUCCAAAGAGAUGCUGAAGACCUCGCGGCCCUCAGAGGCUUGGGUCAAGCAUGGGUAGCUCGCUCCCAGAGCGUUCUUGCUCGCAUCCACCGUCUCGAAGGGAGUUCUUCCAGCGGAAGUAGUGGAAGACCACGAAAUUCCAGCGACAGGUUCUCCUACUCCUCAGUGGAAGACGCCCAAGAAGCGGAAAGAGCAACAGCCGAGGCAGAUGUCAGAGCACACACCGCGGAUUAUGUGGAAGCUCGCGGGAUGCUUAUUGCUGCGGUCGACUAUUUCACCAGGGCUAUUGAUGUUGCUGUAAGAUACGGAAGGCUAUCUGGCGAGCUACUCUCAGAGGUAAGCAUGUAUUCCACGCGCGAACGUGCUUCAGGACUGACUAUAAUCUGUAGGCGGCGGAAGCCAGUAUGA